AUGGAUGUCAAGCUUACUCCCCAAGAGGACCAACUCUGUACAUUGCUUGAUGAAUGCGCAGAGGAAAUGAAAGCCGAGGGUGUACAGACCUCAUGCAGGAUCGCGGGCGGGUGGGUUCGAGACAAGCUCCUAGGCUUGCAAUCGAAUGAUAUUGACGUUGCUCUUGAAGAUAUUAUGGGCGUGAUUUUUGCCCAGAAAUUCAUUUCGUAUUGCUACAACGAAAAACGCUUGGAAAUUAAGGGCGUCACGAAAAUCGCUAGCAAUCCAGAGCAAUCGAAGCAUCUUGAAACGGCCAGGACAACUGUGCUUGGGUAUGAACUUGACUUUGUCAACCUGCGUAGCGAGGAAUAUGCCUCUGGGAGUCGGAUCCCUACCCAGGUGACUUUUGGAACCCCAUUACAGGACGCGAUGCGAAGAGAUAUUACAAUCAAUGCUCUCUUCUACAACGUGCACACCAGAUCUGUGGAAGAUUGUACCGGCAAGGGAUUGGAAGAUAUACGCCAUGGAUUAAUUCGUACUCCCCUUCCACCUCGUGAGACGUUCAUGGACGAUCCACUACGAGUUAUACGCUGCGUGAGGUUUGCCUCUCGACUGGGUUUCGAUCUUGUUCCAGAGCUGCAGGACGCUGUACGAGAUCCAGAGAUUCAAACAGCAGUGGUUUCGAAGAUUAGUAGGGAACGGGUAGGUGAUGAACUGAAUAAGAUGAUGAAAGGUCGAGAUCCCCUUCGCUCGAUACAACUUAUCCACAACCUCUCCCUCUAUGGUCCAGUCUUCCAUCUGCCCCCAUCCUUGGAAUCAAAUUUGUCCGGCACCCCGACUUCCCCUGAGGACGCUGUCAAAGCUGCCUCCAUCCUCAAUCUCUUCCUUGGCAAUACCUCUCCCACGUCAUACACUCAAAAUUUCUCCUUAACCGCACUAUCCUCGCUGUUCAUCCCCCAACUACAUCCCUUACUUCUUGCCGACGUUACCAAACAUCCCGCAGUCCUUGCACGGGUGUGGCUAGCAUGCGCCCUUACCCCGUAUCGUGGCCUCACUUAUGUAGGUCGUAAGGGCAAGCGAUGCUCGGUCAUCGAAGGGAUCCUCCGUGAUGGCCUUAAAAUUGGGACACAAAAUCAUUAUUUGGAUGGGACACCUGCCCUGUUUGCUGCGUGGGAUGUGCUUAGUGAGAGCAUAUCUACAUGGACGCCAGCAAGCACAGACGGCGAGGAGAGAGUUCGACAAGGUUUGUUGCUGCGACAUAAAUCAGUCCAUCAGCCCCAAAUUCUAGGGAUCACAUGGUCAACUUCGAUGCUCUUCUCGCUUGUCCAGGAUUUGGUGCCUCUCUGGGAUAUAACACGAGAGGCGCUUGAUGCUCCGGCCGCUGAAAAACGCAUACAAGCCUAUAAUACGUUUAUCUCCCGCGCAGAGGAAGUGGGCACCCCCGGUCUGGUAGACUGCAAGACCAUUGUUGACGGUCGUGAUAUCCUCAGGGUUCUGGAUGCGAAUCCCGGUCCGUGGACCGGCAAAGUGCUCGGCCGCGUGCUCCAGUGGCAAUUGGAAUUUCCUGAUGGCACCAAAGAACAAUGCGAGGAAUGGUUGAAGUCCGAAUAUGCGGCUGGGAGGUUGGCCACGCCUGAGAGUGGCGCGUCCGGUAUUAAGCGAAGCCAGGACAUCGAUGAAGAAGGGGCUGUGAAGAAAGCAAAGACAUGA